AUGCCUCCAGAGGCAACCUUCUACCUAAUUCAUCACGUUUUCCUCCCUCCGCGGAUCCCGCAGGCAGAGGAUUAUGAUUUUGAACACGAACAGUUCCUUCUAGACAAGGUCAUUGAAGCUCUGCGUAGGUUUAGGGACUUUUUCACUGACUCAAAUUUUGAUGUCCUGAAUACGACAAUCACGAUGAUCGUUCGUCUUAAGAGCAUAUGUACCUCUGAUGGCGAUGUGAGUCAAUUUGAGCUCAAUAGGGUCCUGGAAAAUUUGAGAGAUGAAGGUGGUUUUCUGCCUAUUUAUGUCCGAGAGCAGAACGCUGGGAUUCUCUUCAGUCGAUGCAGGGAUAAGAUACACGUGGAGUCUUUUGAAUUGUCACCCCGCAACAAAUCCGUAACGAUGACUGUGGGGCGUCUUGUGCGUGUUUUCCCCGGUCCUGGGAUCGCUUUGAACUUGGCAGAUUUCAAUGAGCUGGGUCUGGGGGGAGCAGUUGCCCAGACAAUCACACGCAUGAGCCAUCAGCCUGCUGCAGGUAUGAAACAGAAAGUAAAGAAGGCUCAACAAGAGCACGACGAGGACAGGGACACCACACAUCCCAAGAUGGUGACGGAGUUGCUCAUGGCGACUCUUCGUCCUGUAUCCACAGAUGUCAGCGCAAUUCAAGUCCGAAAGAAUACUCGCGAGGAAGUCAUGUGGCGUGACAGUCGAUCCCCAUGGCGACGAUCUGCUUUAUGGCUUCUGAUGCGCGUGACCCUUCAAUUGGUAUUCCGCAGGCUGUCAGAUGAAGUCAAGCUGGAUGAUCUGUACAAACAAUUCAUGGUUUUUUUCAUGAGCUUUGUCGUCGAUAAAACUUCGGUAGCCUUACCCAACGAGGCUCUCUUCUGUAUGAAUGCUAAGAUUGUUCGUCGACUGUUGAAACUCGAGUUGUCGAAUGCGCCUGCCUGGUUUGCUUCCGUUCAGAAUGUGUUACAGCGGUCGAACGGAAGAAUUCAAGGCCAGUGGAAACAAAUCAUGAGGAAGAGUUCUCGUGUGAUCGACACAUCUUCUUUAUUGGCUUUGAACUUUUCCCAUGACAUCGAGUGCGCGCUCCCUGAUCUCGAUCGAUACCUCGAAGGAAUUGGACGACGAGGCCACGGCCGUGCUCGUGAAGAAGACUUUCUACCACCAUCCAAACUUCAUAGGUACCAGCGGGUACAACUUCCAGAUUGUCUGGAGUUUCCCGAUUCCGAUUAUCAGUGGUACAACCUUGCUGCUUUUGAGGAAUGGGUUGCUCUACAUCUCAAUGCAUGGAUAGAGUAUCACAAGAAAGAAGAGACAGCCUGUGGUAAACUGGGUCAGUUGAUCGCUCGGUACCAUCAAGUAGCCUCCUCAUCGUAUAAGGACAACCCAGAGGCAGUAUCAGUCAUGUUGCUCACUCUCCUAGAGCUCUGGGUGGCAUGUGACAAAUCCGCCAUCCAGCUUUAUGGCGAUCUGGGAAAAUAUGACGCCUGCAUACCAGUCGGCUGUUUUCAAUCACUUUUGCUCCCUUUGAAGUCACAAAUGGCGAGAUUGGCUUGUGCUGAAAAAUAUCUGAGUGAGCGUCAGCGCAUGUUCGAAUACCAUGGAUCUGGCAUUUUUCACGACUAUGGUACUCCAUCGUGCUUCUCUGUCCAAUAUUUCAACCAGUCCGUCGAACACCAAACUCUACUCAGGGCCAUUGAGGACAACGCAAACAAUGAGAGAAUACGAAAACAGGCAGAGCUUCGAGAGAAACAGCAAAACUAUAGACACCUGAUGGAUUUACUCUCUCAAACAGUAUGCCGGUAUGACGAGGUGAUUUUGGAUGCAAGGGCUGGGUUCCGAGAGUCUCGCCAUAGCAAUUCUUGCCCUUGCCAUCAAUACAGAAGAACGGCAGAGUCGAUUAAUAUCAGUAUACACGAGUGGCCUUUGCCGAACAACCCUUUGCAAGCCAAGUCCACUGUGUUCGAACUCAAGGUGCCUAAGUCAUUCGCGAGUUGGCGGGACACAACGUUGUUCUUCCUGUAUAACUGCCUAGGUGUUGAAUAUGCGGCGAAGGAGCGACCACGAGCAGAGUAUCGGCCGCAGACAUAUCCAGGCCUCUCGUCGUUUUUCAUCUCCCACGGCGGGCAGCCGCGGAUUGGGCUUCUUUCGCAAAGCAAGCCUCACCAACGGACUCAUCGCCGCAACAGACUGAUUGUCAAUGUGACUGAAAAUGACAUUUUUCUAAACAACGGUCUACAUUUCCAAUACUUUGACAAUGCCGUUCAAUGCUUUGUGGGCACAUUCAAAAGGACGCUUCGGGCCGAGAACUCCUGCGUGUAUAUGCUCCCGCAACAAUGCUCAGUGCUGCAGCAAUUCAUAUUUCGACCCGCCCAAGAGCCACAUGGUCCUGCACCAAAUUCGGUGAUAGCGACACAAUCCCUUGCUCCAACAAAUAUGUCAACGGAAGAAUACAAAGCGCUAGCAACAAUGCCCCUUGGACUUGACAUUCAGUGGCAAAACAUUCUUGUGGAAUUGGCCGCGCCAUCGGUGGACAUGAAGAAGGUGGAGACAGCAAUUUUCAUCUCUCAAAUCAUCCACCAGACUGGGCCCCCGAAGCCGGACACGUGUUUGCGACAAGGCCAUGUGAUCUUGGAUGACCAUAACUUCCUGGUUGCGAUCCUCGCCCGUGUGAAGGAGGUGACCGAGAGAAUCAAGGAGAAUUGGGAAAUGAUCCACGGGCUUAACAAUCUCGCCCGUAUCGUUCUAAGGAUCCCAUCUCUCUCUCCAUCCCCACAAAUCCAUGAUCUAUGUCUUGAUUACCUGGCUAUGGUGCGUCAGACGGCUUUUCAUUGGGUCAAACUCGUCAGAAGGAAGGCGAGUGAGACGGUUGACGACACCCACAAGACCGACCUGAUUGCAAGGAGUGUUCAUAUUGCGCUACCUCGUCGGAUAUUUCAAUCUUUCUACAGUGUUGUAUGA